UGUCCUUCAAAAAGAUAGUAUAAAUUGGUCUACUGAGUUUAUUUUCACAAACUGAUAGACAACGAUGUUGAUAUAUUCAACUCUAAUUAUCGCUGUACUCAUGUGUUCAUCGGCAAACGCCGCAGACAAAGCAAAUGGUUUGAUAAUACGAAAGUGUUUAAAAUUAUUCAGUGGAACUUUUCGUGGACAAUGGAUUGAUAUUUGUGAAAGCAAUCCAAAUAUGUUUUUCUGUCUAGCUAGGAUCCUGAAAUCAGCGUGUGCACCCAAUAUUAACAAAUAUAUGAAUCCAGAUCAAUGGAUAUUAUUUUCUGGGAGAAACUUUGCAGGAAGAUGUACUGUUAUUAAACAUGGGUAUUGUGUUCGACGCAUAAAUCACCCAGUUCGCUCCAUAUUAGCAUGGAGUUAUGGUGACCCUGACAGAAAUUUGAGAAGAUGUUUGAACGCGAGGACAGACGUAUACCCAGUGAGCCUUGUUGAUAAAAUGAACACUGAUAAUGUUGACGAAGAGUAACGAGGAAUGUCUCGUAGUUUGACUGAUGAAUUUAUAGCAUCAAUGCGCUAUGUAUUAGAUUUCAUUGAUAAUCCUUUAAAUACAAGUUGUUCUUUUGUGUUCUUUUCA